CAUCAAAAAUAUGUACACCAUCACAGGGGGGACAAGUAACUAGUUUCUUCCGGAACAUUCCCGAUCGCAAGCGCAAGUUUUAAACACCGCCCCCGAGAGAAAAUAUUUCAAUAAGAUUCUCGAAUGCACUUCCAUAUACCCCUAAAAAUAUCUAUACAUCCUGACCCUAUCAAAAUCCAGCCACCGCCACAAACCUGAGCCUCUCAUCUAUAAAUAUCCCAUCACCGCCUUUCUUUUGCACUUGUUACUGGCUACAAUUUAGGGCCUCUCUCUUUCACUUGUUACCGGAUUUCAAUUCUGUCUACAAUUUGAGGUAUUUGAAGCUCUGAGAUUUUGUGGACGGUGAGGGUAAAGCCAGAAGGAGAUGGAAGCCGAAAACGGGCCAGCGUCUUAUUACAGUAUUCUGGGUGUUAAUUCAGAGUCUUCUAUGGAAGAAAUUAAGCGCGCUUAUCGGAAACUUGCCAUGCAGUAUCAUCCAGACAGGUGGACGCGAAGCCCUUCUUUGCUGGGCGAAGCAGCCAAGCGGAGGUUCCAGGAGAUUCAAGAAGCCUAUUCGGUGUUAUCGGAUCAGAGGAAGCGAACAAUGUACGACGCAGGCUUGUAUGAUCCUGAUGAUGAAGAAGACGAGGGGUUGUGUGACUUUGUGCAAGAAUUGGUGUCUCUGAUGGCGGAAUCGAGACGAGAGCAGAAGAGUUAUAGCAUGGAGGAUUUGCAGGACAUGUUCAUGGAGAUGGUUCAAGGAUUCGAGCCAUCUUUUACAUUCUGUGGGCCGUCCACGGCUAAUUUUGAGCACGCUCAAUCUGGGUGCGCAAAGAGGACGCGUCUGGAAUCUAAGAAUGUAGGUGUCGACACGGGCUCGCCUAUACGGAUGUAUGGAGGACCAGGAUUCUUUUCAUUUUAGAGAGGCUGUGUCGUUGAUGAGAGAAUCAAUGUUUUCAUUUGUAAUUUGUAUGCAAUUUUGAUUUUUGUGUCCUCCUUCUCACUAGACUUUUGUGUUCUGUAAAGUGUUGCUUGAAUUAUUCCAAAAAAAAAAAAAAAAAAAAAACAGUGUUGCUUGAAAGGUUUAAAGGUGGGCUUGACAACAAUAGAAUCUGAAUGAAUGGGCCUAUUUUGUUCCUUUGAUGUUGUGGCUGGAGUUCUACUCUUUUUUCAAAAGGAAACUAAUUAAUUUACUUUCUAGCGUCA